AGAGUUGUGUAUGUAGUAGGGAACCCUAGAUCUAACCCUAGCCGUCAGAUUAGAUCAAUGGGGAGAUGUCUUCUGGACCGUUGGAAUCUUAGGAAGCAGCAAUGGUGGAGGUAGAAGAGUCGCAUUCGUGGGGGUGUCCAAAAGAGGCGUGAAGAUUAUUGUUUUUCUUUCCUUCAUGUUGAUGGCCAACAAUUCGAAUUUUCUUCUCUAGCUGUAUAGUUUGUUAUCUCGGUGGUGGUGGUGAUGUGUGAAUUAGUCGCGCGUACGGGUCGGCUCCAGCAACGGUACAAGGAUGGCUCGCGUCUCGUAGCUGGGUGUAUUCCUUUUAGGUAUAUAAACUCUGACGAAAAUGAUAGUAAUGGAUCUGGGAAAGUAGUUCAAGUGUUGAUGAUCAGCUCAUCUAGUGGACCCGGACUUUUGUUUCCCAAGGGAGGAUGGGAGAAUGAUGAAACAGUCAAAGAAGCUGCAGUAAGGGAAGCUGUGGAAGAAGCAGGAGUCCGUGGGAUUCUUAUGGAUUUUUUGGGAGACUAUGAGUUCAAGAGCAAAACGCACCAAGAUGAGUGUAGCCCAGAAGGUUUAUGUAAAGCUGCAAUGUACGCCUUGUAUGUGAAGGAAGAGCUGGAGACUUGGCCGGAACAGAAGACGAGAACGAGGACAUGGCUUACAAUUGGAGAAGCUGUAGAGAAUUGCAGGCACGCUUGGAUGAAGGAUGCCUUGGUUGAUGGGUUCUGUAAAUGGCAUAAGGAGAAGAUUGGCAAAGGAGAUGAAGAUUGAUGUUUAAGUGUGCAUAAAAACUCUGAGCUUGGUUUUGUUUUUACUCUUUUUUUUUUUUUAAGUCAUGUGCAUGGAGAAUCUUGCGACUGCGAAACAUACGAGUUUCAAUUGUUUUCUCUUUCACAGUUGUCUUCAUUAUUUUCAAUAAUUCUGAAAAGAAAGACAGCUCAUAA